CUCUCAUCACUCCCCACAAAACCCUAGCCUCCCCUCCCCGUUCUCUCUCCUCCCCCACCCCCUCUCUCUCCUCCACCCCACCGAAAAAAUGUCGUACGCCGCCGCCCGCCCCGUCGUCUCCGUCCAGACCUUCGACUCCGACAUGUCCACCGACAAGGACACCCUCGCCUUGCCCGCCGUCAUGAAGGCCCCGAUCCGGCCCGACAUCGUCACCCACGUCCACUCCCUAGUCUCCAAGAACAGCCGCCAGCCCUACGCCGUUUCCAAGAAGGCCGGCCACCAGACCUCCGCCGAGUCCUGGGGAACCGGCCGCGCCGUGUCGCGAAUUCCCAGGGUGCCCGGUGGCGGGACCCACCGCGCCGGACAGGGAGCGUUCGGGAACAUGUGCCGCGGAGGACGCAUGUUCGCGCCGACCAAGACCUGGCGCAGGUGGCACAGGAGGGUACCCGUCAACCUCAAGAGGUAUGCUGUGGCGAGUGCUAUAGCGGCUUCAGCGGUGCCAAGCUUGGUGAUGGCGAGGGGGCACAGGAUUGAAGAGGUGCCAGAGAUCCCGCUCGUGGUUGGGGAUUCAGCCGAGGGUAUCGAGAAGACGCAGACGGCAAUCAAGGCAUUGAAGCAGGUCGGGGCGUAUGCAGAUGCGGAGAAGGCCAAGGAUAGCCAGGCCAUUCGUCCUGGAAAAGGUAAAAUGAGGAACCGUCGCUACAUUUCUAGGAAAGGCCCUCUUAUUGUCUACGGGACCGAGGGAUCAAAGCUUGUUAAGGCAUUCAGGAACAUCCCUGGUGUUGAGAUUGUUAACGUUGAGCGUCUUAAUCUGUUGAAGCUUGCACCUGGUGGACACCUUGGACGGUUUGUUAUCUGGACUAAGUCAGCUUUUGAGAAGUUAGAUUCGAUUUACGGAUCUGUGGACAAGGUUUCAGAGAAGAAGAGGGGGUACUUGUUGCCAAGGGCGAAGAUGGUGAACGCAGAUUUGCCUAGGAUAAUUAAUUCUGAUGAGGUGCAGUCUGUGGUGAGGCCAAUUAAGAAGGAUGUGAAGAGGGCUCCAAUGAAGAAGAACCCACUGAAGAAUUUGAAUGCUAUGUUGAAGCUGAACCCGUAUGCCAAGGCUGCGAGGAGGAUGGCACUUUUGGCUGAGGCUCAGCGAGUGAAGUCAAAGAAGGAGAAGCUUGAUCAGAAGAGGAAACAAAUCUCAAAGGAGGAGGCUACCACAAUCAAGGCUGCUGGAAAGGCGUGGUACCAGACAAUGAUAUCCGACAGUGAUUACACCGAGUUCGAGAACUUUACAAAGUGGUUGGGAGUCUCCCAGUAGAUUGCUUCUUUGGGUUGAUCUUUAUAGGCACUAUCUUAUCUUUUUUUUCAUCCAGCUUUAAUUGUUGUCCGUUUGGUUUUCAAUUUGCCAGUUUUCGAGACUUGAAUUUGAGUUUAGGUGGAAAGGGAAUUACUGGAAAAAUAGUUGACUCAUCUAAGUUAAGUUUUUCCCUUGCCUGUUUUGGUGUCACAAUUUUCCUGGCUAGUUGGACAAAAUUUUCGUUUAAGCAGUUUGGGAGUUGGAUAUUUACAGUAAUGUUUUGCUAUUCAAGAAUAUCUUCUCGGUA